AUGCCUCAUCGAACGGUCCUGUUUCGAGGGAAUUCGUUCGUUUCUUUUUCGACAAUAUCGUCGGGAAACGAAAGUAGCGCACAUGGAGAUGAAUCUCUUGGACAAGCCGAUGAGCCUUUAACUACAGAAGCCCUUGGAAGAUGGACAGCUAGGUUCAACAAGAAGCAGGCAAAAAUGUUUCAUGAGGCUUUUGUCAACGCCUAUACAGAUAUGCAACAGAAAUACGCAAAAUUGGAAAGUCUCCAGUGCCAGAUUUUGAAGUUACAAAGGUUAGUAGCUGAAAAAAAGGACUUACUACUUCAGAGAUCAUCCCCAUUGAAUGCUCCAGGAAGCACACAUGAGAAGAAAGGAUUUUUUCGAAAAAAACCGAAAUCUUCAUCUUCGACUUCGUCUUCAGCUUCCUCUGGAUUUUUUGCUCCUAGUCCUGACGUUCGCAGUUCUACUUCUCGAGAUCUGGUCUUAAAUUUCUCUGCUAUCCCGUAUAGUGCAUAUUCCGCUGCUUCUUCCCCGGCUUCGAAUGCUUCUUCUGCAGCAGAAGAGCAACAGCUUCCAAAUUCGCCAAACCAAACUUUGGAAUCUCAGGUUACCUUAUUGCAAGGUAAAGCUUAUCAGCUAAAGGAACAAAUCAAGUUAUCACAAGCCAACAUGCAUAAGCUUUUGAGAACCUAUCCUAACAGUCCUGCAUUAUGA